UAAAGACAACAAAUACUAAAGCUGACUGUUCUUCUGGCCUGUCUCAACAUGAAAUCCUUGAUCUUUCUACUUUUUGCACUUUGUAAAGGAUUUAGUUCUGCAGAGAGAGGUUAUUUUUGGCAUCUGACGGAUUUGCAUUUGGACCCUAACUACACUGUCACCUCAGAUCCAAAGAGAGUGUGUCCCUCAGCAGGUGACCAGUUGGUGACAGAUGCAGGGAAAUGGGGAAAUUAUCUCUGUGACUCCCCUCUUGCUCUCAUCAACUCAUCUAUACUAGCCAUGAGGAAUAUUCAGCCAGAUCCUGACUUCAUACUGUGGACUGGAGAUGAUACCCCACACGUUUCAGAUGAAAACCUUGGUGAAGAUGCAGUGCUGAAAAUUGUAGAACAGUUGACAAAAGUAAUCCAAGAGGUAUUUCCAACAACCAAAGUUUAUUCAGCAUUAGGAAACCACGAUUUUCAUCCUAAAAAUCAACUACCACCACAGAAUAAUUCUAUUUACACUAGGAUUGCACAAUUUUGGAGCCCAUGGCUAAACAACGAAUCUAUACCAAGUUUCCAAAAAGGAGCAUUUUAUAGAGAAGAUAUAGUGAAUAUAAGUGCCGGCCGUGUGAUUGUUCUAAAUACCAAUCUAUAUUAUGACUCCAACAGAGAUACAGCCAAUUUGGAUGAUCCAGGGGAUCAGUUAAAGUGGUUAGAAGAUGAAUUAACAAGUGCUUCUCAACAACUAAAAAAGGUUUAUUUAGUUGGUCAUGUGCCGCCUGGAUACUUUGAAAAGAAAAGAGGGAAACCUUGGUUUAGAGAAAACUUCAACAAACGUUAUGUGGAGAUCAUACAGAAACACCACAAUGUAAUACAAGGCCAGUUUUUUGGGCAUCAUCACACAGACUCCUUCCGAAUGUUCUACAGCAACUCAGGUAAUCCGAUCAGUACCAUGUUUAUUGCACCCGGUGUAUCUCCUUGGAAAACUACAUUACCUGGAGUGGACAAUGGAGCCAAUAACCCUGGAAUAAGACUUUUUGAAUAUGACAGAAAUAGUCUUCAGGUUUUGGACAUGGUCACUUAUUACUUGAACCUUACUUUUGCCAAUAACGUGGCCCCAAGGUGGGAGAAAGAGUAUCGUCUUACUGAAGCAUUCCAAGUUUCUGAUGGAUCUGCACAGUCUAUGAACAAUGUCCUUAAGAAGAUAGCUGAUGACCCCUGUUACCUACAGAAAUAUUAUGAGUACAAUUCAGUCAGUUAUGAUAGGAACACGUGUGAGGACAACUGUAGGGUUGAUCAUGUUUGUGCCAUACGUGAAGUAGACUUCACCAAAUAUGAUGAGUGUUUAAAAACCGAAAGCUCCUCUUCAAUGAUCUUAGUUCAAAAGACAUUGAUAUCACUUCUGUUAUCUAUUUAUGUGUUUUUGUUCUGAAAUUUAAAAAUAUGAGUACUAUUAUUUAAUUUACUAUUUU